AUGUCCGAAACGCUGAAAAAACAGUGGAAGAAGGCAAAGAGCUUUGCGAAAAAUCGUGGCCAGCAAUGCAACAACGCGCCUGACGAGAUAGUACAACUGAGCCAGACCCAACAAUAUAAAAAAUCCAACAAUCUCCCUGUGAAUGGUGGAAAAUACGACCCUCCUGAUCUAUGGCAAGCUGCUUUUCAACAAUUGGAUGUUAAACACAAGAGCGCCUUGAUGACCAAAUGGUCGGAUCCCGGCAAUGGCACAAAGAGUACCGAUGCAACUGGUCUAGAUAUCAAGAUUGCCCUCGAUAAGGUCAUUGACACUGUCAAAGAGCAAUAUGAGAUCGGGAAAUUGAAAGACGAAAAGAAGUGGCUGAAUGGUGCUCCUCAAAAGAUCCUCGGUGCAGUCUUAGCGCUUCAGUCGAAUAUAUCAGCUAUCGUUGCCUGUGAUCCUACGGGCCACGCAGCAAGUGCCUGGGCUGUCAUCUCGCUCGGAUUAUCUAAUUACCGGAACCAGCAGGGGAUAUGGCUUUCAUCGGCGGAAUACUUAUCAGAUAUUGUUUCGCGCAUGAUCUUGACCGAGAUUUCUUACCGUGGUCAACACGCUGCAACGAAAGAUGGCGUAGAAAACUCACUUUCUCGAAUAUACUUUGAGAUUCUACGUUAUUCGGCAGAGAUCAUGAGGAUCCAAGAUCGCAAGUGGCCCAAGAAUUUGCUCAUCACUGCGAUGAAUGAUAUACCUUUGGAAGGUAUCAAAACAUGCAUCAUAAAUGAAGAGUCUAGCUUGGAACGAUGGCUCAGUAUGCAACAAUUCCUUGAAUCUCGGGAUAACACGAAAGAUAUUUUGGCUCAAGGCGGCAAUAUACUGCAAGUUGUUCAUGAUAUUCAUGACAAGCUGAAAGACUUCCAAUCAAAAGUGGCGGAAAACGCAGUCUUCGACACUUACGAGGAACAUCCAACAGGGGAAUGCCUCCCUGGCACAAGGACCGAGGUUCUUCAAAGUCUCACCGACUGGAUCGACAACUCGCCUGGAGAGACUCUUUUCUGGCUGGAGGGAAUAGCAGGGACGGGGAAAUCGACCAUCUCGCGCAGUUUUGCCAAAUCGAUGCAAAAAGAGGGCUUCUAG